AUGUCUCAAACCGCAGCUGUAGUUGAUAUGCCCGUUCAGGCAAACGAUGACAUUGCUGUUGUCGGAUUUUCUUUCAGGCUUCCCCAAGAUGUGAACGACGAUAUGAGCUUCUGGGAAGUCCUGGACGGCCGUCGAAAUCUCAUGACCAGCUUUCCGGAUGAACGCAUGGACGCCAAGUCUUUCCUGGACACAAAUGCCACUAAGCCCUAUCCUCGAGGAGGCCAUUUCAUCACAGAUGAUAUCACCUGCUUUGAUGCCCCUUUCUUCUCGGUAACAGCGAAGGAAGCUGCGGCAAUGGAUCCGAUGCAGCGUAUGACUCUAGAGACUGCAUAUAGGGCCUUUGAAAAGGCCGGUUUCACAACAAGUGCCCUGAGAGGUUCAAAGACGGCUGUAUUCCAUGCGUCCAUGCUGGAAGACUACUCACGAUUGAUGGCAAUGGACCCUGAUAAUGUGGAACGCACCACCAUUACCGGUGGCACGGUAUCGUGCAUGAUUCCCAACCGCAUCAGCUGGUUCUUCGAUCUGCAUGGACCAAGUGUCCAUUUGAACACGGCAUGUUCCAGUGGCCUGGUUGCCGUGGACAUGGCAUGUAAGACACUUCGGAGUGGUGAUGCAUCAUGUGCCCUUGUCACUGGUGCGAAUCUGCUCUUGGACCCGACCAUUUUCCACUUGCUGUCAAAUCAGAACUUCCUGUCACCGGACAGUCGGUGCUACAGCUUCGACCAGCGGGCCAACGGUUAUGCCAGAGGCGAGGGCAUUAUCGCCGUUGUGCUGAAGCCCGUCUCUGCAGCCGUGCGGGAUGGAGACAUGAUCCGUGCCGUCAUUCGGGCAUCGGGCUCGAACCAGGAUGGACACACCCCGAUCAUCACACAGCCCAGCCAGCAGGCCCAGCAAGAGCUGAUCCAGCACGUCUAUCAGCAGGCGAAUCUGUCGCUUGCCGACACGCGAUAUGUCGAGGCUCACGGAACUGGAACCCCCGUGGGAGAUCCGAUCGAGGCAAGAGCCAUCGGUCGAGUGUUUCGCAAGUUCCGAUCCGAGAAGGAGCCGCUUUACAUUGGCUCCGUCAAAUCGAACAUUGGCCAUCUCGAAGGUGCCAGCGGCCUUGCCGGCUUGCUAAAGGUCAUCUUGAGCCUCGAAAGAGGCAUCAUUCCGCCAAACGCACUCUUUGAGACGAUCAACUCUACCAUAGACGCGGAAUUCUGGAAUAUUGCGAUCCCCGACAAAAGCAUCCCCUGGCCCAGCAAAGGCGUUCGUCGGGCCUCGCUCAACUCCUUUGGCUUCGGCGGUUCCAAUACGCAUGUUGUGAUUGACGAUGCGCUGCACUACCUCAAGGAGAAGAAUCUGCCUGGCAAUCACUGCACAGUUGGGGCUGCUGGCGACGAGGAUGUGGCCAAUGGCUCGGCGGACUCGACAUCAUCCCCGAGUAUCGACGACUUCUCCAGCACGGGCGACCAAGCCAUUGCUGAUCUCAAGAGAAUUGCACGUGCCAAAGUAGCCGCUGCUACGUCUCCGCCUUCUUCCACAGCCGAAGGUCUUCCUAGGCUGCUUGUGUGGAGCGCCGCAGACGAGCAGGCCGCCAAACGCUCCCUACGCGACCAGGAGCUCUUCUACAAGGAGAAGAUAGCGGGCAACCGUGCCAAGCUAGAUAGCCUGGCCUACACGCUGGCAGCUCGCCGGUCACACAUGCUCUGGAGAAGCUUUGCCAUUGUCGCGGAAGACGGUCUUUCAGAGGCUCAAGGUGGCACCGCAGAUCUUGAUCCUGUGAAGCCCAUGAGGAGCUCUCCAGAUGCUACUCUGGCCUUUGUGUUCACCGGACAGGGAGCCCAGUACACAGACAUGGGUUGGGACCUGGUCAAGUAUCCCGUAUUUGCCGAUACGCUCCGGCAGAUUGAUGGUAUCUACCAGAGCCUUGGAUGUACAUGGUCGAUUUUCGAUGAGCUGCGCUCCAGCAAAAACAUCAACUUGCCAGAGUACAGCCAACCGUUGUCGACAGCGGUUCAGAUCGCUCUGCUGGAACUGCUGGCCAGUUUCGGUAUCGCUCCAAAGGCUGUUGUCGGACACUCUUCAGGAGAGAUUGCCGCUGCCUAUGCCAUUGGUGCCCUGUCGUUACAAUCAGCCUGCAAAGUCUCGUACUUCAGAGGCCAACUUGCAGGAAAAUUGAGAGUCGCUAAUGAGGCAUCUCCUGGAGCUAUGAUGUCUAUCAACUUGGCGGAAGCUAAUGUCUCGGAGUACCUCUCCAAGAUUGGUGCUGAGGCCAGCUCUGUCUGCGUGGCCUGUAUCAACAGCCCUCUCAACUGCACCCUGUCCGGUCCGGAAUCGGCUAUUGAUGCCAUCAAAGCGCAAGCUGACAAUGAUGGCAUCUUUGCUCAGAAGCUCAAGACUGGGGUUGCAUACCACUCGCGGGCAAUGGAAGCUAUCGCCGAAGAAUACUUGGCGCUGAUGGGAUCACUCGAGAGCGCCUCGCGUCAGGAUCUCAAGGUUGUUAGCGGUAUUCCCAUGGUAUCAUCCGUCUCUGGCAAGGUGGUGCGUCCGGCUGCUCUGGCAAAGGGUCAAUACUGGGUCGACAACAUGGUUUCCCCCGUCCGCUUCGCCGAUGCUGUGCAGCUGCUGACCCAGGAGCCAUCCAAAGUCAAGGUCGGGCUGAGCAACAUUACUGAUCUCGUCGAGAUUGGCUCUCACCCUGCUCUGCGAAGAGUGGCCCAGGAUACAAUCGGCCAGGCUAGGAACAAGAAGCGCACCAUCCGAUAUAGUGCUGCACUGCAGAGAUCUCAUCCUCCUAUCAAGACGACAUUGGAGCUUGUGGGACAGUUGUUCUGCUUGGGGCACAACGUAUCCAUCGAGGCUGUCAACCAGACGCCCAUCGCUCAGCAUGGCAGCUUUUCGAAGAAACCAAACUUCCUCAUCGAUACACCCGAGUAUCCUUUUGAUCGGUCUCACAAAUACUGGGUGGAAUCACGAAUUAGCCGCGACUUCCGACUUCGUGGCAAUGUCAAGGGUGACGUGCUCGGAGCUCGAGUAUCCGAUUGGAACCCUCUGGUUCCUCGCUGGAGAAAUCUCUUGGCUGUUGAGGCUAUUCCAUGGGCUGGCCACCACAAAAUCACAGAUACGCUUCUGUAUCCUGCGGCCGGAAUGUUGGUAAUGGCUAUUGAGGCUGUCCAGCAGAUGAUCCCCGAAGGGCGGGAGGUAGCCGGCUUCCUCGUCAAGGAGGCAGAGUUUCUCAAUCCCAUCAUCAUUCAUGAGAAAUGGGAGGAUAGAACCGAGACCCAAGUUCAUCUUCGGCCAUUGAAGACGCUAACGGCAGACGACGAGAAUGGCCCCGCGUUGUUCGAAGUGGAUAUCUUCUCUUAUACGCGUGACAGCUGGACGAAAUGCUUCCACGCCAGCCUCCAAGUCGAUUACGAGGAGCCGACAAGCACGUACGGCAAAGAGCAAAGGCACCUUCGCCACGACAAAGCCCGUGACCAAUACAACCAAGCUGCACAAUCGUGCAUCUUGCCCAUUGAUUCCACUACCCUCUAUCGUGAGGCGGCUGAAGUAGGCCUUCAGUAUGGAGAAUGGUUUCAACUUCUGCGAGACGUGGGUUGGGAUUCUAACGCUACCGCCGUGGCUCGUGUGGAUGUUUCCAAGGAUAGGUACAAGACCAAAAGUCUAGUGCAUCCGAGCGUCCUUGAUCAGGCUUUCCACGUAUUGCGAGUGAGCGCCGGCCAGCAGCCGACCGCUAAUGUUCCCGCUCGUUUAAGAGACGGUUGGUUUGCCUCCAGCCCCAAGUGGCAAAGCCCUGAGACUGGCAAUAUUCGGUGGAUGGCGACAUCUACUUCGGUCGCUGACCUCGACGGGGCUCAAGGUUAUGGUGAGCAAGGCACAAUCGUUGCCCUGGCUGACGAUGGCACUGUGCUAUGCACGAUAGGGCAGGCCACCACGGCGUCCAUCUCCAACAACGCAAAGGCGACGGACAAGAAGCUGCUCUACAGUGUCGAAUGGAAGCCACAGCUGAGCAUGCUUGAACCAGAGCAGUUAGCUCGCAUUUGCGAAGCUGAUUCGUUUGAUAACGACGAGACGGCAGUUGUAGAGAAUCAUACCAGCAUGUGCUUAGCGCUGGAGCUCUACUCAAUGAGAGUCCUUCAGAAGCUCGACCGGACCAAGGUCCCGGAGGCUCUGACUCGCCACGUUGAGUGGAUGGAGCACCAUACCGGCAACAUGAGCCCCGAAAAGAGACGACUCGGAGAAACCAUUAGUGACGAGGACUUGGAAGCUCGGCUGGUCAAGGUUGAAGAGACUCUCCCGGCGUGGAAGCUGUACACCACCUGCGCUCGGAGGCUCCUCGAGAUGCUCACAGGAGAAGUUGACCCUCUGCAGGUGGUGUUCGGAUCAGACCAGGCAGAACUCUUUUAUGCUGAACUCUUCCAGAAGCUUUGCCAAGAUGGUCGACUUGGUACGUUCUUGGACUUGGUUGCUCACGAGCGUCCUGCUCAACGAAUCCUCGAAGUCGGAGCUGGUACGGGCGGCAUGACAAAACACGUUCUAUCACUUCUGCAGCAGCGCGAGAAGCGAACCGGAGGCUCUAGCUUCUCCGAAUACACGUAUACUGACAUCUCCCCGAUGUUCUUUGAGCGUGCGCGUGAGCGAUGGCCUGACCUCGCAUCUCAGGGCCGCCUUACCUUCAAGACUUUCAACGUGGAUAAGCCUAUCGAUGAGCAGGGAUUCGAGCCCGGCUCCUAUGACAUCGUCGUUGCAGCCAGCGUGCUGCACGCCGUCCCUCUCCUAGAGACCAGUCUGAAACAAGUCCGUAGGGCGCUGCGGCCGGGCGGUCGUCUCAUUCUACUCGAGGUCAUUGAUCCAGACGACAUCGCGACCAAUUUCAUGGCAGGUCUGGUGCCCGGAUGGUGGGUGGCGAAGGAGGCCUGGAGGCCGCAUUCUGCAGCAAUUACUGAGAACCUUUGGGAUAAGUGCUUGCGAGAUAAUGGCUUCUCAGGCAACGAUGUGAUAUUCCGCGAUUACAAGAGCGAUGAAUGUCACAUUGCCAGCAUCAUCCUCACAACGGCCGUCGAAGAGCCUCAGCCGGCUCCCGCGACCAAGCCGGGCAAGCUUGUCAUCAUUGUUGAUGAGCAAAAGUCCUAUCGACAGACUCGGCUGGCUGGACUGGUGCAGCAGCAACUGGAUCCUCAAGGCAUCAAGGCUUCGAGAAUCUGUGCCUUCUCUUUGGACGAGCUGACGCAGUCUCUCGAUGACUUGACCGCGGAAGAUACUGUGGUCUGCAUCGCUGAGGUCAAUAACCAGCCUCUGCUCUCUAACCUUUCAGAAACCAACUUCAAGUGCCUCCAGUACUUGGUGGGCCAAACAUCCAAACUUCUCUGGGUAACGGCCAGUGGCACGGAUAGUGAAGAGUACGCCGAUUUUGGAGCCGCUCAGGGAUUGUUCCGCUCGAUCCGAAUCGAAAAGCCCAGCAGCCAGAUCAUUACGCUUGCCAUGGAAGGCAAAUUGGAGUCUUUCAAGAUCGCGCACUUCAUUGAAAGCGUCUUCGACGCUAGCUUCGGGUCCUCGCCUUCUCGCGAGGUUGAGUAUCUCGUCAAGGAUGGGCUUUUGAUGACCGGAAGGGCCGUUGAGGAUUUAUCUGGCAACGAAACUCUCACAUCUCUCUUGUCGCGCCGCCUGCAGCAAAAGUCCUGGUACGACGGACCGGCACUUAAGCUCUCUGUCGGCACUCAGGACGGUGUGACCACCUUGCAAUUUGUCCGGGAUGGUCAAUAUGAGAGUGAACUGGGGGCCAACGAGGUUGAAGUUGAUGGCAAAGCCUGGAGUGCUGAUUAUAAAGACGCGCAAGCUGCUAUGGGACGCCGCAAAGUGCCUCAUAAUGGUCUCGAGCUGGGGAUUGACUGCGCUGGUAUCGUCACUCGGGUUGGACGAGAUUGCGAUUCCAUCAAACCCGGCGACCGAGUCUGCAUGGUGGCUCCAGGCUGUAUGCGGCAGUAUCCUCGCGCAGACGCCAAGGCCAUUUGCAAGAUUCCGGAAUCAAUGUCUUUUGAGGAAGCCACGUCUGCUCUCAUCCCCACCAUGACAGCUUACCACGCCCUGGUUGAAGUUGCCCACCUCGGUGAGGGAGACAAGGUUCUGAUCCAUGCGGCUGCUGCGAGUGCCGUGGGCCAGGUUGCCGUUCGUGUGGCUCAGAUGCAGAGUGCUGAAAUCAUUGUCACCUACUCAAGCCCAGUGGAGCAAGAAGCGCUGAAGAGCAUGGGCUUGGCUGAGGACCACAUCCUCGACGUCAAAACAAUCACCUUUGCCCAGCGUGUCAUGGAGCUGACUGGCGGAGACGGAGUGGAUGCUAUCUUCAAUCUGCUCGCUCAAGACGACAUUACCAGAGCUUCAUAUGAAUGCUUGGCUUCUGGCGGGCACUUCCUAGAGAUGAAGCGCACCAACUCCGAUGCCAGCACUACUCUUUCUCUCGGCAUGCUUGACCGAAAUGUCAGCAUCUCCAUCAUCGACGUUGUCGGCCUGAACCUUAAGACGACUGGCAGGCUGCUGAAGAAGACUAUGGAGCUCCUGGAACAAGGCCGAAUUGGACGUCUUCAGCAAUUGCGUUGUUUCAACGCAUCAGAGGUUGGAAAGGCCUUCCAAGAAGUCCAAGGAGGUGGUGCCUCACAUCGUGUAAUCAUCAUGCCACAAGCUGAUGAUGUAGUACCGAAACUCAUACAGGAGCAAAGAAGCUGGAAAUUUGACGAGAACGCAUCGUACUUGAUCGCUGGAGGAUCUGGUGGCCUCGGCCGAGCCAUUGCGAGGUGGAUGGCUGACCGCGGAGCCAAGAACCUGAUUCUACCAUCUCGAUCAGGAGCUGCUACCAAGGCUGCCCGACAACUAGUCGACGAACUGACAGCUCGCGGUGUCAACGUCGUGGCACCCCAGUGCGACGUGUCUUCGGAAAAGGAGCUUGCUGAUGUUCUGGACGAGUGCGAUCGCACCAUGCCGCCCAUCAAAGGCUGUAUCAACGCGGCCAUGGUGCUUCAGGACGCCAUCUUCCAGGAGAGCAUGACUUUUGCCCAGUGGGACCUCACGAUGCGCUCCAAGAGGCAGACUUCGUGGAACCUGCACCAUCUUCUGCCAGUGGAUCUCGACUUCUUCAUCAUGCUGUCCUCCCUUGCUGGCGUCAUUGGUCAGGUGGCCAGUGCAAACUACUCGGCGGGCUGCUCGUUCCAAGACGCUCUCGUAAGACAGCGGCUUGCUCAGGGGAAAACGGCCUUGUCUCUCGACCUUGGCUGGAUGCGCAACAUUGGCAUCGUCGCCGAGAAUGGCGCGUAUCAGAAGCAGCGCGAGAACUCUGAUGACAUGAACCAGAUCGAGGAUACCGAGCUGCUGGCCGCGCUUUCCAUAUUCUGCGACCCAACCGCUCCUCAGCCCGCCAUCGUGUCGGAGGCCAGGGGCCAAGUUCUCUUCGGGCUCAGGACUCCCAUUGAUUGUCUUACCCGCGGCCGCAACCCACCUCAGAAGAUGGAAAGGCCGCUGUUCGCCCCCUUUUCCGUUGCUCCCGCCUCGGCCGCCGGAGCAGGUGCCAAAGUCAAUCAAGAGGCCUCGGUGGGAGUACGCUUCCGACAGGCCCCGGACUCGGGCGAGCGCACUCAAAUCGUGUUGGACGCCCUGGCUGGCAGGCUGGCGAGGGCCAUGUCCAUCUCGCCUGCCGAUGUCGAGCUGAACAAGUCGCUGUCGCACUAUGGCGUCGACUCUCUGAUGUCUGUUGACCUGCGCAACUGGAUUUCGCGGGAGCUUGGUGCCCAGCUCACUGCUUUUGAGAUUAUGGGUGGCACCUCGAUUGCCAAGAUUGCGGAUAUGAUUGUUGAGCGCAGCACGGUUGGGAAGCUGUAG